GGAGUGCUUGUGCCUGGAUAGAGUAUUUCAGUGGACUGUGAAGAGAGAGAAUUCUUACUGAUUCUAUGGGAAGGCAGAUAUUUAAGGAACAUAAUCAGCUGAAACUAUCCCAUGGCAGAAAAUUCUGACCUGGCAGGCCAGGCGGGAUGGCUGUAAUCUCUGGACCUAAGCUGAGCAGGGAUACUGAGGGUAUUCAAUACAGGAAUGUGCUUUCCAGCAGCAUCUGCCCUGUCUUUGCUUUGUUAAAAACAAAGCUGGAGUCCAACAUCUUUGGUGCUUGUGGUAAUUAGAAAACAGAACAUAAAAACCCCACCUUCCUGUAAUGUUGAAAAUAACAUAGAAAAUGCUGUAGCAGAAGCAUCGGCUUCUUCACUUUGAGAUAUCUGAGACCUGUUUGAAGGGGAAUGCCUCAUGCUUUGAGGUUCUUUGUUCAUUAGUUGAAGGCUUAGAAACCAGCUCCUCAGAGUUUUCUGUUGGAUUCCUUUAUUUGCAACAGCUUAAAAAUGUGAAUGUGGAAUCCUAGUUGGUUUAUUCUAUGGAUUUGAGUACGUUUGAGACCUAUUUUGAUGUCACACGUUAUAGUUCCUUUAGUUCUUUGUAGUCUUGAGCUUGAGUGCCCACUUUAAGUCCAGGACUUAAAGUGGGCUUCACCAAGAACAGGAAGUGUACUUUGCUAAGAAGCUGCCUUUUGAUGAAUCUCUUACUUUUGUGUCCUUCAAAGCAUAGAACUGGAAAUCCAAGGCUUCCACAACUGUCUCCUGGCAAAACAUUUCUAACUGCCUGAGACCCUACAGGGGCUGGUGCCAUUCUUGCAGAGUCUGAGCAAGAGCCCUCUGUCCCAGAGGAGAGGUAAACAGGAAGCCUGUUCCUGGAAGUCUCCUGGGGAAUCUAGGGCUGAGGACUGCUCACUGUUCUGUCAAGAAAAUGUCUGCCUUCCAUCUGGGCAUAACAAGAUUCCAAGGAACUAUACUAGGUCAGGUUAUGGUGCCAUUGGAAUAGUGCUGUGGAGGCAGUAGGUUGUCUCAAGCUCCUCCUGCUCUUGGCCUCCUCUGUUAAAGAAACAAGGAUUGCACUGUCAUACUGUUCUCAGUCCUUCUGUCCUUCUCCACAUGACAUUUUUAACUUGGGAGAAACACUGGCCAGAUUUGACAAGGGUGUGGAGAUAGUGAGAAAAUUGCAUUCUUGCUUUCUUUAGGAAAUGGCAAUCACAGAAACAAACUAAAGCUCCCAUCUGGGGAGAAUGCUGGAUUCUUGCUGAACAUCAGAGGUCCUCUUAAUGGAGAGUUGUGACUUAACAUCACAAAGAGUUUCAGCAGCCAUUCCUAGGCUGCAGCUAGUCUUCAACCACCUGUGGGACAUACAAAACUUACCAAUAUUUAGAAACAAACACCCUAUUUCAGGUCAAUGUGCUCACUUUUCUGCAGCAGAAAUGGCUUUUCUUUUCUUUGCAAGAGGUAAAUACUUAAGAACUAAGUUUAAAUGAGUUGUAUACAGAAGUAAAGAGUGCAUUUUCGUUGUUGGCAAAGCAUCUUCAGAACUAAGGGUUAAAAAAAUCAGUACAUUCAAAAGGUUUCAAGUUUCUGAUUUUCAGUAUGCCUUGGUGCUGUUAAAAAUGCACAGUAUCUUCAGAUUAGUGAAAUUACCUGUUUAUCUUUUUUUAAGAGGAAUCUUUCAAAUGUGGAUGUUCAAAAAUAAGGUGGCAUUAAUAGGUGAUUAAAUGGCAUUAUAAAAGCUCCCAAUUUGGAGGCAAGUACUUAAUUUUAGGGCUGCAUUUCUAGGCUAGUCUGCUGGCACUGGAGGGAUCGCAGUUCACCUGGCACAUAGACAGCAGAGCACUCUGGGUUAGAUGGGAUUUACUCUUCCUGUCAUUGGAAAUACAUGUGGUUCUUCUGGAAAUGGCACGAACAAGCUGAAACCACAAACAUUUCCUGCCGUGCCUGUCCAGCCAGAGGUGUUGGAGUGGACAGGACUUUAUUAUCUGGGAGCUGAAGAGUUGACUUUGACUUGUUCUAAUCUAAUGAGAAGACACACUUCCCUGUCAUUUCCUUUUCGUCAAUGCUUUCUCCAACCUCAGUUUUGCUAUUGACCUUUAGUGCUUGUGGUAGUUGAAAAACAACCAAAAAACCCACCUUGUUCUAUAAUGUUGAAAAUAGCAUUGAAAGUGUAGCAGAAGCAUCACCUUCUUCACUUUGACUUAGCUGAUGUUUGUUUGAAGGGGAACACCUCAUGCUUUAGGAUUCUUUUUUUUCAGUGGUUAAAGGCUUAAAAACCAGCUCCUCAGAGUUUUCUAUUUGAUUCUUUACCUACAACAGUUUAAAAACGUGGUGUAGACUCUAAACUGUUUUAUUCUGUAGAUUUGAGUAAGUUUGUGACUAUUUUGCUGUCAUGUGUUGUAGUUUCUUUAGUUCUUGGUAGAUCCCUUGAGUUUGAGUCCAAGACUUGGAGUGGACUUGGCCAAAACCAUGUUAUGAAUAGGACCUGGUGGCAGAGCACUAGAGGCAAGUGGCAGGAGGGUAGGUUGCAACAGAGAUCUCUAAUCCCAUGGACAUGACACAAGCCACUGGAAGUAGCAUAAAUGUUGUAUCCAAGGGGUUGACAUUGCAGGAUGGGAGUUACCCAAACCCAGUCGUGGUAACCCCUGUACUCUCUGGAGAUAAAGCUCUACCUGCUUCCUUCCGCUUGUCAAAACCACACCCAACCCUAACAACCACACAAGCAGACCAAACCAAAUUCUCCCCUACUCCCUUCAUCUGUUAGUUUUGGACAAGCAUUUUAAAAUUUCUAAGAAGUUUAGAACAAUUUCUGAUCCUACUGCUGCUAUCUUUGUCCAUCUCACCCUCCUGUAGCCUGAUUUUUUUCAUGUAAAACUUGUAUGUUGUUGGCAACAGGAUUACAGGUUUUGCUUGUAAGCUUCCUGGAGCGUGGGUAAUGUCUCUCCUUUUCUGCUAGUCACCUGUUGCACACAGAGGAGGUGCAAACAAUUGAAAAAUGUUAAAUUACAGUCAGAUUUAUGUAAAUACUUGCUUCAGGGCGGUAUUUUUGUGAAAAAUGCUUGGUCUGGCCACUGAUGGGAUGUGCAUUUUCUCAUUGAGCAAGCCAGUAUCACCUUGGUUAAAUGUGGUGGCUGUGUUAAAAGGUACCAGCAAACUGUGUGUUGGUUUAGGUCUUGAGAGCUUACAAUAAAUCAUUGAAGCUGAAAGAGAGUUCCAAGAGCCUUCUGAAAUCUUAACCUGAACGACAGUAAACUUUUGAACUUGAAACUUGUUUGGGACUUUCUGACUCUGUAAAAGGUACUUUUUUAUUUUAAGCCCAGUGGAAAACAACUUGAGUCAUAGCAGUAUCUUGUUAUAUAAAAGGAGGAAAAAUAGAUCUUUUUGGCCAGUCAAGUAGGGAUCCUGCUACAUCAGACGUUAUGGAUGGGGUUGCAAUUUUCCGAGAAGUUACCAUUGUUUGCAUUAUUGAAAUUGGUUUUCCUGAUUUUUGUUCUCUCUGUUCUGUGGUCAGAUGGAGUGCUUGCUACAGUGGCAUAGUUUUGAGGAAGUAGGAAAGGUGGUCAUUUUGGAAAGCAUGUAGAAAUACCUCUUCUAAAGAUAGUGGCUUUCUGCCUGUGUAAAUACAGGAUUGCCUGUCAGGAGCUGAGCUGGUACUCUGGUAGGACCUGCGAACUUAGUGAUGUAGGCUUUUGGGUGAGCACCUGUCUCCAAGUCAAAAUUUUCAGUGUCUCCAACAGGGAAAGAAUUUCACUGGCAGAAAACAUCCAGAUUUCACCUAAUAGUAAAAAAAUUAAAAUCAGGAACAUAGUUUAUACUGUUGAGAAAGCUUGGCUUGAGGGUCUGAUCUGAGCCUUCCUGAAGGGAGUAGGGAAAUACUCUCGCUUGAGGCAGGAUGGAGAAUAUAUUAGUUCCGCAAUUAUUAAAAAUAUUCCUGGCAAUAGACCUACGUUUGAUUUAGCACUUGCUUUAUUCUGACUGUUCUGCUGGUUAAGGGCCAAAGAACUUUCACUCUGUUACUGUGGCCACAUGUUUGUUUGGUACACAGCAGGUGAGUUUUUCAGAUGAGGAAGAAGGUGAUAAUGCUUUUCUCUUUUGCUGAUGCAAUAGUGACUGUUUCCUUUAGCAAAGCAAAUACCUCACUGAGGUGUGUAGACCAAAACACCUGAGGUGUUUCACAGAAUCAGUUUCAAAAGAGUGGUUUUUCCAUGCAGGAGUCUAACACCAUCAGGAAGGUGUUUUUGCACAGGGUGGCUUCUUCAAAGUCAUGCUUGGCCGACUCUGUAGCCUCUAGGAGCUGCCACAAGAAGGCUGCCCCACUUUGAGGUUGGCAGGAUUCUUUCUGGUGAAGGUCUUGUUGUUUCACAAACCAGUAAAUCCUCAGUCCUCAGCACUGAAACAUCAAUUAGUGGGGAGAUCUUCCCCUCUGAAAACUUCUCCUACUGCAGCUCUUUCCCUCUUGAGCAUAAUAAUGGCCUUGAGCAGCAAUAAAUCUGUGCUGGGAAAACUCAGCAUGCUUGUCAGCAUAAGACAGCACAGCAGAGAAAGGAAAUGUCUAUAAAACCACAGCCUUUGGUGCUCAAACGUGUAUCUGUGCUGGUGAGCGAAGAGGUGUGAGGCCAUCUGAAAAAUAUUUUUUAUUUAUUUCUCAUGGUCUUCUCUCUGGUAGCUGGUGAUCACUAGGUAGACAGGUUUCAGGAAUUGCUGAGGGUCUUCCUGGCUGCAUACAAUUUGAAUGAUGUAGAAGUGGUUUUUGCUCAUGGCUUUUUACAGUAGAUGGGCAUGGUCAUUUCAGUAGAAAUGAGAUUUCUUUUUUCUUUUAUCUAAUUGACUUCUCUUUUCUUUUUAUAAUCUCUGGUUUGUUCCUGUUUAGGUAGUAAAACCUCCAUUUCACUGAGAAGUAGGGGUUAAAACAACACCACACAAUGUAGUGUUCUUUGCUCUGUUUUAUUUAACCCUGCCUGGGUUAUAAAUAAUGCAGCAACUUUCUUUCCAGUAGUACUGCUAUGUGGUGGUCUUGUGACAAGGUGUGGGGCGAUGUAAAAGCUUAAAUGGAGAAGAGAAGAUCCCUUCUCUCCAGGGGUGUUUGGAGUUUAGGCUGGACUUGAUGAUUUCAAAGGUCUUUUCCAGCUUAGUUCAUGCUGUGAUUCUGAGUCCAAGGAGUGAGGAGUCAAAGGCUGUUGUGCUCUCACAGCUGUUCUGGGCAGCAGGGAGCUAACAUGUUUCUUUAGUUGUGGCUCUAGGAGCACUUCCCUGUUUCUGUAGCCUCAACCUGCCCAGCUUUGUGGAUUAGAGGAAGUGUUGUGCCAGAGGUAGGAGGGAGGAGGCUGUGUCCUGCCCCUUUAUCCUGUUACUGCCUGAGCACUGCUUUACACAGCAGCAGGGCAUCCUGGCUCACAGAGUUUCCAGGAUUCUGGGUGUGAUGUAAAGGUGUAAUCAUCACUAGGAAAAGGUGAUGGUGAGGCUUGCAGCAACCAGCAAACACUCUUUGGGAUAAACAGGAUAGCACUACAAAGGGUUUGGCCACCCUGCUUACUCCCACAAAGUAUGCAGGUAGUGGGAUUCCUGACUGGGAAAGGUCAGCCCUGCUCUGGUUGUGUUGCCUUCUGACAGCGGCAGAGGCUCUCUCCUUCCACAGCACAGCACCCCAGUCAUCCCUCAGGGCAGGGGGCACUGCACAUGCAAGAGCUAUCUAACGCAUCCGAAAGGUCCCAGAGGUUGGCCCCUCUUAGAGUCUCAAACCCUUCUUGCUGCUUAAAAUUGGAUUUGGGGUGUAUUUCUUCGCAGCAAGGUAAUGAAAAAGCAGAGGAAACCUCAGGUUUCCAUGAAGAAGUGCCUGUCAGACUUUGCUGUGGACAGGCUGAGCAUCUCUGAAGCUGUCUUUCAAUUGAGGCACCAUCAGGCUAAAGGGGGUUGUUUGGAUUUUGAUGUUUCAUUGUAGUGUCCCAGAACAGGUUCCUUCAGACAUGGAAAUGUUUAAAUGAGGCUUUGCAGUAUCAGGUGCUAAGCAAAAAGUAUUUUUUUCCACAUUUUCCUGGAGGUCAGAAAUUUGCCAGAUGUAUGGGAAUGAGUCUGCGCUAACUUGUACAGCAACCCUGGUGGAAAAUUUUUCACUUGACCCAGAAUUCAUAUGAAAUGUUCUCACUGCCCAAUGUUCUGCAUCCCUGCUGGAGUGAGUCUGACUAAUUUUUGCCCGUGACUCAGAACAGAGAUGUGUUAGGAACCACUUUUAUUUUUUUUCCUUUUGAAAAAUGAAGUGAAAGUUUAUCAAACUAUGGUUAUAUGAGAGCAUGGCCCGCCAAAUGAGGAAGUAAAAUCUUCCUAUAAAAUGAGUUCUGCCCACUGCACUUAUUUGCCUCAGUUGACAUCAGCCUUACCUCUAAAUACAAGCUGGUGACUUCCUCGUGAGCCUGGUACUGCUCUGAAUCCAGCUUCUGGCUGGGGAUGGUGGGACAAGACUGCUGGGCCACAGAGAGAACAGCUGCCAGCUGAUGCCUGUGGGACACAGCUGGGAAGACAGGAUCAUCAGGCUUAAAGGAACAUAAAUUCUUGCUAAAAUGGCACUGGCCAGUUCGAUUCCUAGCAAAGCAGCACCACCACACUCCAGAAAAGUUUCUGCAGCAGGGGUGGAAGCGCACCAGAGCAAGAUGGAUUUUUUCUGCAAGCUGGGCUAUGGUAAGCAGGACAUCUGCAAAGUGCUGGAGAACCUGGGCCAAGAGGCCCUGGAGGAUGAUGUGCUGAAAGAGCUGAUUCGGAUGGGGAGCAGACCUCAGGCUCUGGAAAACCAGGCUCAGCCUUCCCAACUGAUGCUGGUUCCCCGAGGAUCUUGCAGCCCCUCACCGGGGCCGAAGUGGCUUGGAGAAGAUGAAAGUGAUUCUUCUGAUUCCCUGAGGCCCAUUGUGAUCGAUGGCAGCAAUGUUGCAAUGAGUCAUGGAAACAAGGAGGUGUUCUCCUGCUGGGGGAUCCAGCUGGCGGUGGAUUGGUUUCGAGAGAGGGGGCACACUUACAUCAAGGUUUUUGUCCCACUCUGGAGAAAGGAACCCCCUCGACAAGAGAGCCCCAUUGCAGACCAGCACAUCCUUGAGGAGCUGGAGAAGCAAUCCAUCCUGGUGUACACACCCUCUCGGAAGGUGAAAGGCAAGAGGGUGGUUUGCUACGACGAUCGCUACAUAGUGAAAGUUGCUUAUGAGAGGGACGGAGUCAUUGUUUCCAAUGACCACUACCGGGAUCUCCAAAAUGAGAACCCCGAGUGGAAAUGGUUCAUUGAGCAGCGACUGCUCAUGUACUCUUUUGUCAGUAACAGGUUUAUGCCUCCCGAUGAUCCAUUAGGCCGGCAUGGACCCACCUUAAGUAACUUCCUCAGCAAAAAGCCAGUGCUUCCUGAGAAAAAAUGGCAGUCUUGCCCUUACGGUAAAAAAUGCACCUAUGGCAAUAAAUGCAAAUUUUACCAUCCAGAGAGACAGCAUCAAGCUCAGCUUUCAGUUGCUGAUGAGCUCAGGGCCAAAACAAAGGGGAAAGAGGAGGAGAGGGGCCAGUGCUCACCGUGCGGUGCCUGCCCAGGAGCUCUGCGGGCAGCCAGAGGCUGCUCCGGGCCUUCCCGCUGCCCAGGCAGGGCCCAGGGGAGCUGCUCGGAGCAGACAUUCCGGGCCUGGCCCAGCAGUCCCGGCUCUGAGCUGCGGCUGGAGCAGUGCUUGCCUCAGCCAGAGCCGCUCCUGGAGAAGAUGUCGGCAGUGUCCAUCAGCGAGGACACCUACGGCUGCGGCUGGUCCUGGUGCACCUCUGGGGACACGGCGGUCAUGGACGGCCUCAGGCACAAGCUGCUCGCACUUCAUCACCCCGAGGCCCUGGAGUGCCCCGGCUGUCCCCGCUGUCCCUUCCAGGGCAGGGCGCAGGGCGGGCUGUGCCCGGAGCGCGGCUGGGCCCAGGAGCGCCAUGGCGGGCACGGAGCAGGCCGCAGGAGCUGCUUCCCUCACGGCGCUCGGCACCAGCAGGCCCUGCACACCCAGCGCCCUCCUGUGCCGCAGGGCACGGCUCUGUCCCCCCACGGGCUUCCCCCGUACGGGCAGCCCCAGCCCCAGCCCUGUAUCCCCAGCCAGCCCCCGGGACAGCCCUUGUCCUUGGAGCCCAGCAAGGGAACAGGCUUAUUCCAGAAAUCCCAUGCUUACCCCGAUGCCUCUUACAGGGACUUCUGGCCCACCCCCGCUGCAAGGCCACCCUCUGCCCGGCAAAUAAACAUGCACAGGGAGCCCUGCUCCCCUUAUCCUUACGGUGGGAUGAGCCAGGUCAUGACUUUGUACCCCAGUAUCCAGGAUAAGGGGACCGGAGCACCUCCCCUAUGAAGACAAACUCGGGGAGCUGGGACUGUUCAGCCUGCAGAAGAGAAGUUUGCAUGGAGACCUCAUAAAAACCUUCCAGCAUCAGAAGAGAGUCUACAAGGAAGCCAGAGAGGGACUCUAAAUCAGGAACUCCAGUGAUAGUACACAGGGGGAUGGCUUCAAAUUGAGACAGGGUAGGUUUGGAUUAGAUUUCAGGAUGCAAUUCUUAAUUGUGUGGGUGGUGAGACAGAGCUUGCUCAGAGAAAUUGUGGAUGUCCCAUCCCUGGAAGUGUUUAAGGCCAGGUUGGAUGGGGUCCUGAACAAUCUGGUCUGAUGAAAGGUGUCCCUGCCCAUGGCAGCAGGGGUGUUGAAACUGCAGGAUUUUUUAUGUCCUUUCCAACUCAAACAAUUCUGUGAUUCUAUGAUAUUGCCUGUUGGACUUUAAUGAUUCAAAGACACAGCAACUUGUGAAACCUCCAGAGCAAACCAUUCCCAAAAAGCACAAGUCCCAGGGCAAGAAGAUGCUAUUCUGAGGCUUAACUAACUGUUUUUAGAGGGUGUUGUGGCAAGGAUUACAGCUGCUCCAGGUAUAAGCAUCAAGUCAAGGCAAAGCUGUCAUCCACGGCAGUGGGAUUGCAUUCCACCUCCCCUGAAGGAGAACAGGAGGGCUCAGGGUUACUUGGCUGUCAGCAUUUGAGCCUCACUGGUGCCUGGAUUGAGGAUGGCACAGAUUUUCAUUAACACCCUAAAACACUCGAUGUGUUUUUAGAGUCCUAACCUGUGCUUCAACUUCCAUAAAAGAGCCGUGCUUGCUCAGCCAGCACAGAAGGGGAUUUGGCCUGUUCCCCCAGCACGGGGCUGUGCUCUCUGCUGGAAGGCAGCUCUGGGUCCCUGUCAUCACCUGGUUCAAGCCCAACCCGCUGCCAGUGAGCUUUCAGAGCUGCAUCUCGUGCUUCUAAAGCAAUGCUGAGCUCACACAGAACCGCUGGCAGAGGGGCUGGAGGUGCUCCAGAGCUCCUGAAGGAAGACACAGGUACAUUUCUCAGAAAGGGGAUGCACACAGCAUAAAUCAAAUCAGGAAAGUCAUCUUCAAUUCAAGUCCUGGUGUAGACUGAGGGCUCGGGGCUGGUAAUUUAAAAAAAUCCAGAAGUCCAGAUGAUGCUAAAAAAAAAAAAAAGCAGCUUAAAAGUCUCUCCUGUAUUGAAUAAGAAACCUAUUGUUGACUUAACCCUUAAUUACCAAAUGUGGCCCCAUAAUGCAAUUAUACAGUAAACUCUGUUCUGUUAGAACAUGUUUGAUUUUUAGUAAGCUGUAAAGCUGCUAAUCUCUGCAUUAUUCCACCAAAUGCUUCAGGUUCAAUUCAAUUAGGAAGGUUGAUCCUGAAGGGUUUUUGGCAUUAUACCAAAGUUUAAGUAUGUCAGUAUGACAUGUUUUAAAAAUGUUUUAACGCAUUAUAAAAUGUUCAUCUAUAACACUUUGUUCUCAAUAAUGUCUUUAUUUUCUGGGUUUUACUUAGGUGGUGAGGGUUUUUUGUUGUGGUUUUGUUUAGGUUUUGUUUGGGUUUUUUUCCCCCAGUUGUCUUAGAACUGAUGCUUCAACAUUCAGGUGGGAUUUUCAAGCUCUCUGACCCUGCAGUAUCCCAUUUCUCUGAAGUACAGGGUUGUUAGUUCCAGACAGGAAUUAAACACAGUCCUCAAUGAGAAGCUGGAAUUCUGUUGCUUUUGCAAAGGUAGCAGUAAUUUACCUGUAGUGACAUUAUCACUUAUGAAUUAUUAAUUUUUUGAAAGCUGUGAUAGUUUUACCUGUUUCCCUCUGGAAACCACCACCCGCUUUUGGUUUUUUGGUUUUUUUUUUUUUUUUUUUUUUUUUUUUUUUUGAUGAUGAUUUUUGAAGAAUCUGCAGAAAAUAAGUAUACUGUGUCUGUUCAAUUUCUUAUGCCCCUGUGGUUGGCUCCAAGAAACAUCAGUUUGGAUUUUGGAGGUAUGACUUCUGUUCAUAGAAUGUGACAGUAUUUUCCAUAUGUCUUAUGGAUUGUUGGAAUGGCUUAUAACCACUACAUAUUACAUAAGGAUUAGAAGCUGACUUUAAACAAAACUAUGGAAAAAAUUCUCUGCGAUAUCCCUCAGAAAACAAAAACAAAGUGUGAUGCUGAGUGGAAAAAUACCUUCCACCGAAACAAAGCAAGUCCCAAAUGGCAGCAUUCAGAAAACACACACACAGCAAAGGAGCAGGAUGUAACUGUACAUGUCAACAUUAAUUUUCAUGUCUGGCAUGCACGUUACAUAUUUCAAUACACAAAGCAUUUAAAAAUCCAUAGAAAAAUUGGCACACUGCCUUUACAUGGUGCCCUUGGCUUGCUGGAGAUGUGCAUGAACUUUUCUCCUUUUCCUUUGAGGAUGCACAGGAAUUUGGUGGUUGCUCAAAACCCUCUCAAUGUUUAAUUUUUUUUCCUUUUAAUUUCUGUCAUAUUUACUGAGGAAUCUUUUUGUAAAAUACAUAGAAUGUGCACUCUGCUGAGAA